AUGGGAGUGGAAAAGGAACUUAUCCGAGAGGGAACCGGUGCAAAACCUACCGCCGGUCAGAAUGUCACCGUUCACUGCACCGGUUUUGGGAAAAAUGGUGAUCUCUCUCAGAAGUUCUGGAGCACAAAGGAUCCUGGGCAGACGCCUUUCACCUUCAAAAUUGGCCAAGGCUCUGUUAUCAGAGGAUGGGAUGAAGGCGUGAUGGGAAUGCAAUUGGGAGAAUUUGCUCGGUUGAGGUGCUCUCCUGACUAUGCUUAUGGUGCAAAUGGAUUCCCAACAUGGGGUAUUGAGCCUAACUCGGUUCUGAUUUUUGAGAUUGAACUUCUGAAGUUGGAGUAA